AUGGCAGCGGCAGUAACGAAGUCCCAACCCAGGGGCUUCUACAUCCAGGAAAGCAUCUCUGGCCUCAGGAUGCUGGUUGACACUAUUGCCAUGCAUUUAGUGUUCUCUUCGUCUGCAGAGGAUUGCAGCCAUGCCCCCAACGACCCAACUGCCCUCGUAGCUGCAAAUGGGACACCCAUCCGCACCUACGGCAGCUGGGCCCAGACCAUCGCGUUCCUGAGCCGGACCUACACCUGGCCCUUCGUCCUCGCUGACGUAUGGACCCCUCUCCUGGGGGCAGACUUCCUCGCCCACCAAGGCCUCUUGGUGGACGUGGCCCGCCACCGCCUUCUCGAUACCGAGACCUACCUCUCCCGCCCACUUGCCAGAGAAACAAGGGUGCCCACCAUCUGCUCCGUCGUUCCCCACCACAGAUACACCUCCCUUCUCCAAGAGUUUCUGGACGUCUUCCACCCCGAGCUUCGCCAGGUGGCUGGGGCCACGCCCAAGCACAGUGUCUUCCACCAUAUUGAGACCAAGGCCCUCCCGACACACGCCAAGUUCCGCCGCCUCCCGCUGAAGCUCCUCCAGGAAGCCAAGACCAUGUUCAAAGAAAUGGAGAAGAUGGGGAGCUGUAAAAAGGCACUGAGUCCGUGGGCAUCCCCCCUUCACAUGGUGAAGAAGACAGACGGGCGUCGAGGCCCAGCGCAGACUACCGGCGCCUGA